AGGCCAGAGGAAACACAGUGCUGCCUGAUACGAGCCCAGCAGACCAGCACCAAACCAGUCAGUCCCAUCCAGCAUUCCCUGUUGGGCCACAGCCACUACUGACAGCCCAACAGUUAGCCUCGGCAGUAGCAGGGGUGAUGCCAGGAGGCACUCCAGCCCUGAAUCAGCCAAUCCUUAUUCCUUUCAACAUGGCUGGGCAGCUGGGGGGCCAACAAGGACUCGUCCUAACUCUACCUACAGCAAAUCUCACCAACAUCCAAGGACUGGUAGCAGCAGCUGCAGCAGGAGGCAUCAUGACUUUGCCAUUGCAAAAUCUACAAGCUACCUCAUCCCUGAACUCCCAGCUUCAACAGCUUCAGCAUCUUCAGCAGCUCCAGCAUCAACAGCAGCAGCAGCAGCAGCAGCAAAGCCAGCAGCAGCAGCAAGCUCAGCAGGCACAGACUCCACAGCCAGCCCAGCAGAGCCAGCAAUCACAGCCACAGCCAUCAGCACCACCACCACAGAGCCAAACACAGUCCCAGAGCCAGAGCCAACCACCUCCAGCCUCACAGUCCUCCAGCUCCCCUCAGAAACCCAGCCAGUCACCAGGGCACGGCCUUCCAUCUCCUCUUACUUCACCAAAUCCAUUACAGCUGGUUAAUAAUCCACUAGCAAGUCAAGCAGCAGCAGCUGCAGCAGCAGCAGCCAUGGGCUCAAUAGCAAACUCCCAGGCCUUUGGGAAUGCCCUCUCCAGUCUUCAGGGGGUCACAGGCCAACUUGUCACUAAUGCACAAGGACAGAUUAUUGGAACAAUCCCACUGAUGCCUAAUCCCGUCCCGUCCAGCCAGGCGGCAGGUGGAGCUCAGGGACUUCAGGUGCAGCCGAUAACUCCACAGUUAUUGACCAAUGCCCAGGGUCAGAUCAUCGCCACUGUCAUCGGCAACCAGAUACUGCCAGUGAUCAAUACCCAGGGAAUAACGCUCUCGCCGCUCAAACCAGGCCAGCAGCUCCAUCAGCCCUCCCAGACGCAAGUGGGACAAGCAGCCUCACAAUCCAAUCUCCUGCAUUUGGCUCACAGUCAAGCAUCUAUGUCUCAAAGCCCAGUGCGUCAGGCUUCCUCUUCUUCCUCCUCAUCCUCCUCCUCUUCAGCUUUGAGUGUUGGCCAGUUAGUCAGCAAUCCUCAGACAGCCACUGGAGAGGUGGAUGGGGUAAAUCUGGAAGAAAUACGAGAAUUUGCCAAAGCUUUUAAAAUCCGGCGCCUGUCCCUUGGCCUGACACAGACUCAAGUUGGCCAAGCCCUAAGCGCCACCGAAGGCCCAGCCUAUAGCCAGUCUGCCAUCUGCAGACACACCAUCCUGAGAAGCCACUUUUUCCUACCACAGGAAGCCCAAGAGAACACUAUAGCUAGCAGUCUGACAGCCAAACUGAACCCUGGCCUUUUGUAUCCUGCCAGGUUUGAAAAGCUGGACAUCACCCCUAAAAGUGCCCAGAAGAUAAAGCCGGUGCUUGAGCGGUGGAUGGCUGAGGCUGAGGCCCGCCAUCGAGCAGGGAUGCAGAACCUUACCGAGUUUAUUGGGAGCGAACCAUCCAAAAAGCGCAAGAGGCGUACCUCAUUCACGCCACAGGCCCUUGAAAUCUUGAAUGCCCACUUUGAGAAGAACACGCAUCCCUCUGGGCAAGAAAUGACAGAGAUUGCAGAGAAACUGAACUAUGACCGGGAAGUAGUUAGAGUUUGGUUCUGCAAUAAGAGGCAAGCACUGAAGAACACAAUUAAACGUUUGAAACAGCACGAGCCCGCCACGGCAGUUCCUAUGGAGCCUUUAACAGACUCGCUGGAAGAAAACUCCUAAAAGCAAAGCAAAACAAAGCCAAAUCACACAGAACAAAAACUCACACCAACUGAAAUGUGUCCAUUUGAACUCUGUGAAAAUACCUAUUCAUCACCCUUGUAAGUAAAAGACUGAGAAAACUACAAGAAGGACAGAACAGUUUAUAAAUGUCCGUGGGUUUUCCUAUUUAAGAAAAAUAACAACAAAACAAAACAAAAAAAAAAUACACAACACUUGGAGUGUGUGUGGUAGAAUUAGUUCCCAAAAAAACCGAAAAAGCCAGUUUUUUUAAAUGGACUUAAAGUAAACCAAAUAACUGCUUAAUUUUUCUGUAUAUUAUGAAAAUAUGAACACAUUUUAAGGAAAAACAAAACAAACAA